AGUUGAAACUUGGGAAUGGGCAGAUGCUCUCCGUUCCACGGAGGAUCUGAGUGAUCGAGGAGCUCAACAGCCUGGCAAGAGCCAGAGUGCUUGCUUGCUUUGUUGUUGCGGAGGAUGUGUGCGAGGAGGCCGUGAUUACUGCUGCGCCACUGGUUUCGACGGCGUUGGCCCCGCUGUGAUCGUCGAGGAAGCCUGUUUCUACCGCUCUCUUAACAAAAUUCGUUGCGUCUGCGUGAAAAUUCGAUUGAUCCUAGGUAAAUACUUGAACGUGCAGCUGAAGUGUUGGGAAGUGAAGAAAAACAGAUAGUGCGCCGUGACAAUUUAUCGCGACGUAGACACUGCAGAUUUCUGCAAGUAGAAGAAACGCACUUACAUGGCGUUCAAUCCGACCCGCUCUUACAGGCAUGAUGCUGGAGGGGCUGAUGAGGACGAGGGAGAUUGGCAACACGUCAAUUCUACGGUCUUAGCGAAACCCAGAACCGAAAAAAAGAAGAACGCCAAAGGAAAUGGUCUCGGUUUGUCAUCGUCAGCUACUAGCACGCCUUCCAGGGUAGAGCUGCUCAACAUCGUCCGUAAGCAUUCAUCAUCGAUUGGACAGCAUUCAAACGAAGAUGCUGAAAUAGAUCCACAAUUUUGGUGUGAACUUCUUGACCUAUUCUUCGUCCGCGGGAUUGUCGAUCGAGAAGAAGAGAAAGCUGACGAUGAUCUUGUGUUUUUUGUCCGCCUUCAGAGCUCGCCAUAUAGUGACAGCUAUCCCUCAGAAUCAGAUGAUCCCUCCGUUCAGCCUUUCUUUGUCCGCAGAUGGGCUCCUGAACUCGUGAAGGUGAUAGGAAGUACCACCGGGCAAGUGGACUGGCCACGGUCGUUCUAUCUAAAUCUCAUUUGUCAUACCGAAUUCUCUCUUACAGUUGCGAUCUGCAGUCGACAAGGAUUACAAAAUCGAGAUAAAGACAGUAAUGCGCCUUUGGCGCCUAUAUAUAAAGUUACCAACAGGGUCUAUGCUUCUCCUAGUCGUGCAAAUUUUCAAAGCGAUUUCAGAUCCAAAGCAGUUGAGACAGUGCCUGCUUACCCUAAUGUCUGCUUUGUUGUGGACGACUACGAUAAUACGUUCGAAGAUGUGAUCUUGACAGACCCAGAUCACUGCUAUUGUGUCCUCUUGAACGCUCGCGGAGGGGCUGCACUUCCUCCUGAGUUGCUACCUGAACCUGAGACUGAGUUGCGUGCAGAAGGACAAGUUACACCAUCCAGGGUGACAUUGUUUUCAGGCUUUGUGAGUUAUGAAAUGGUUCGAAAUGCUUUCGAAGGGGGUAAAAUGCGAUUGGGAGGAUUGUUACAACAAAUUUCCGGUUCAGGGAAGUCGGAACGCCUCAUCAUGCGAGGUCCAGGAGGCCGUGGUGCUCUAGAUGUUGCUGUUUCCAGUGUUCCAGUUCUUGAGGCUAGUGAUCAAGGGCAACCUUCAUCACCUUCGACGCCAGGAGGGAAGACGGGAUUUAGCUCCAUAAUGCGCAUUGCAGCUACUGCUGCCAAGCAAGCCAUGACUGUUGCCAAUCAGAGGCUUGACCCGAAUGCUCCUUUGCCCCUUCGAUGUUGUCUGAUGUCAUUGUCAUUACCAUGGGACACUUUGGCAAAUGAUCUUCUUUUCAAGGAGCUUACGACCAAAGACACAUGAUCUGCAUCCUUCUUGUUGCCAAAAAAGAAUUACCUUCCUUGCAUGAGCGAGCUUAGCAUGGGAUUAGCGAGAAUCUGUACGCUACUCAACUUCAGAUUUCAGGAAUUACUCUUGCAAGCAAUGACUUUGAGUUGCAUUUAUUUGCACAUGGUGCAAUGGUGAGACGUGUAGUAGGGGCCCGCGUGAGGUAAAACCUUCUAUAGAGGAACAGGGCUCUGUACAUGAUUGAACGGCAUUCUAUCACAUCUCGCAUGGUGUACCGCGACUUGGGAGAUACUGUGGGCACAGUUUCUCAGAUUUUUUAGUGUUAUAGAAACUGUGCAUUUUACCAGCAAAAUGCGUUGGCUGUAUUUUUAUAAUGUACAUGAAGUAUUAUGAAGAAAAGAAAAGAAAAAGAAAAAGAAAAGAAAAUUAAUAAAUUCGUAUUGGUCA